AUGAAAGGGUUGAGAGUGGAUUCCUUUCUUCAAUGCAUUCCACCGAGGCGACUAGGGCACCUUUUUUGUAAGAGACGCUCAGCUCAAGCCAACUUCUAUCAGUUCAGGCGGAAGGUCAGGGGGAGUGGUACAAUUAGGCCUUCCCUUCGAUAUGGAUAUUUCAGCCCUUUCCUUCCUUGUUUGCAUUCCAGGUUGGUUCUAAAGAAAGGGUUGGAAAAUGGAAUCAAACAAAAGUGUAGGCUUGCUCCGCACACAAAGGCUACAUCUGGGCCUUUCAUUGAUUUGACUUUUCCAUUCAUUUUUGAAGCCCUUCCUUCGCUCCGGGCACGCUGUUUAGAUCUAUUUCGGUUGCCAAUGAAAUGGAAUAUGGGGAACUCUCCGUCUAAGUGGUUAAUCCGACGAGUCAAUUCUCAAUGUUAUGCUGCUAUCCGUUCGACGAUCCUACUUCUGAUGUCACCCCCGCCUCUCCCUCCCAGUGGAAUAUCCCAACUAUUCUCUAUCCAAUUCCGGAAGAAUGGAUCAUGA